AUGGAGACCCCGGUAUCUCAAACACAGCAGCAAGAAAACUUCGAUUUCCACCCGUUUAAACACAUUCAGAAGAUUUAUAUCGCAAUCUAGCCUCGGCACCUAGCAUUAAAGUCCAGGGUCUCGCAUUAACGACUUGCAACUGAGGGCGAGAUUAUACGCCUGCAUUGUGUGAUUAUUAGUAUGUGAUAAUUAGUAUUUAACACAUCGGUGUCGGCGCUACAGUUUUAUCACAUCUCAUCCCCGGGGCCUGACAAUGUGAUGGGUGGACGGCUGCGUGUAUAUAGGUCCUGAUCAGCCCCACCCCCAGGGAUCACGGAGUCUACCUGCCACCUUGAACACCUGUAGUCGAGUGCAUCCUCGGGACGAAGCAGGGACACCCACUUCAUCUGCAGUUGCCGCUGUUGUAGUUUCUCUUUGUACAAGAUUGCCCCUCAACACUUCUGUGAAUUAUGCUAUACUUGGACAGCCACUGAAACGACGAGUAAGCUGUUGUAGACGCCGUGAAGUACUUGCAGUAUUUGAAGUACGGUGUGAUGGUGGGGGCAACAGCUCUGUGGCUUGUUCUCUGUGCGACGUCGACAACGGCUGUGUCAGUGAAGUUUCACCACCAUUUGUCUGAGAAUGACCUUGAACUCUACUUUGGAACUCGCAACAGUCGGGAAGUGCCGAAGUACGACAUCGUCCACCCUGUACGACGUCGUCACCCCCGCACCUCUCUGAUACACCCACCCCUACUCCAGUACCGCCUGAAGGCCUUGGGAGAGGAGUAUGACCUCCACCUUGAACGCAAUCAACACCUAGUGGCGCCAGGCUGCCUUAUGACCCACACAGAUGGGAAGGGUGGGGCGGUGGUGUCCCCUUGCCCCCGGGGAGACGGCGACUGCUUCUACACGGGGACGUCUACCCUGCACAACAGCUCCUUCGUGGCCCUCGGCACAUGUGUCGGAUUGCAUGGUGUCAUUUCUACACCAACCCAUCAGUUGCUUAUCCAGCCAAUCAGAGGCCAACACCUUGCUGACGUCAACAUUGGGCGUGAUGCAGGUGCCCCGCAUUUAGUGUACCAUCUGACCGCUAGGGGGAUGUGUGGUGUCCAGGACACGGCGGAGCAGAUAGUUCCUCGUCGCGUCCGUCGCCAGGCAGGUGGGCUGUUUCUGGAGAUGCUGCUGGUUGCAGAUAAGACGAUGCACCGUUACCAUGGCGAUGACCUGGUGAACUACAUGCUGACAGCGGCUAAUGUGGCGGCGGGGCGGUACCUGGACAGCAGCCUCGGUGUCCCCAUCCACCUGACCAUCAUCAGUCUGAGGGUACUGAAGGACGACAUGGACGGCCUGAAUAUCACCACUGACGCUGACCACACCCUCAACAGUUUCUGUCAGUGGCAGGAGAAGUUUAACCCUCCCGGUGACACGGACCCCCGGCACGUGGACGCUGCCAGCCUCAUGACCAGGGAGAAUCUGAUCCACAAGGGGGUUGCUGAGACGACUGGCCUAGCGUCCCUGGGGGGAAUAUGUGUCAAGGAAAUGAGAUGUUCAAUACUUGAGGACAACGGCCUUGACAUUGGCCUGACCUUGGCCCAUGAGACAGGUCACAGCUUGAACAUGCAGCACGACAGUGAGGGGAACGUCUGUGACGACAAAACCAACAUCAUGUCGACUGGCGGGGGAGGCGGGACGACAGCGUUCAAGUGGUCCUCCUGUAGCAAAGACGCCCUUCACAACUUCCUGUACGAGGGUAACGGCGCCUGUCUGCUGGACUCGCCUACAGUGGUCGGAUUUCUCCUUCCCAAAGACCUGCCAGGAGUUAUCUACCCUGGCGACAAGCAGUGCGAGUUGUUCCUGGGUCAAGGGUCAAAGAUCUGCGAGGGCACGUCGUUGGUAGAAGACUAUGGCGGGGACGAGUGCGGCAAGCUCAUCUGCUUCGACCCGCAUCUCCCCGGCCAGUGUACAGGGAGCCAGGCACCCAGGAUGGAUGGCACGGAGUGUGGGCACAGAAAGUGGUGCAUCAACGCCCGGUGCGCGGACAUAGGGCCCCGGGGGCCGCCACCUCGAGACGGGGGGUGGUCGGAGUGGGACUCUGAGUGGUCGCCGUGUUCCCGCACGUGCGGGGGCGGAGUCAGGAUCAAGACAAGGACAUGUGACAGACCCAGGCCUCUGUUUGGGGGAAAGAAGUGCGAGGGGUUUGAUUCAAAAGCGGAGAUCUGCAACCUUGAGCCCUGCACCGCGCCCCAGUCUCAGUACAGGGAGGAGCAGUGUGCCGCCACAGACAUCUACCCCCUUGGUGGGCGUCAUCUCCACUGGUUGCCAGGGGAUACAGUAGGUGACAGUGUGUGCAUGCUGUACUGCAGCCCUGAGGGGGUCGAGACGAUUCACCUGAGGGGGGUCGGGACGAGCACCGACUACAAGGACGGUACAGAGUGCGACUCCGCCGACGGCGGCACGUACAACCGAUGUGUGUCGGGGAAGUGUAGGGCAUUCGGCUGUGACGGUGUCAGUGACUCCCCCACCCGCCUUGACGUCUGUGGCAUCUGCAGCGGCAGCAACAACACCUGCGAGAAAAAGACGGGGAGCUUCUUCAGAGGAAAGGAGAAAAGCUAUGUGACGUUUCUGACGAUUCCCCGCGGGUCAACAGGAAUCAAGAUGACCAAUGACAACCGCUACACGUGGAUGAGUAUACGUGUGAAUGGCCAGCGUCUGUUCAACACCAACCUCCGGCACAAGGACAAGAAACACGCCUACAGCAGGGAUGGGGUUAAAGUGCUGUACGCCCCGUAUGGCCCGGAGAGUAUCCAGAUCCCAGGCCCCGUCCCCACACAGCUGCAGGCACAGGUCUACCGGCUGUUCGGCUACACCUACUCCGACGUCAGCCCGGAGAUCUACUACGAGUUCUACCAGCCCCUGGUCGCCACCUUGCCUGUGCGCUACACCUGGACCACCCGGGAAGGCCCCUGUAGUGCCACGUGUGGACAAGGCUCCCAGCAGGUACAGGCCGUGUGUGGGAGGGCGGACACCGGGGCCAGGGUGGAGAGAAGCCGGUGUAGUGCAGAGGAGGAGCCUGACACCCAGCCCACACCCUGCCACCAGCAGCCCUGCCCACCCAGGUGGCACACGGGCGUGUUCACCCCCUGCUCCCGGUCGUGUGGCGGGGGACUGGCGUCUAGGACUGUCCAGUGCAUGCAACACCAGGCUGGUCAGUCCGAGGUGGUUGAAGAUGACCAGUGUGACCCUGCCAGCAGACCGCUGGCUACCCAAACGUGUGGCUCCCAGCCUUGCCCCGGCGCCUGGAGGACGGACCCCUGGACCGACUGUUCCCAGACCUGUGGGGUGGGGGUGAGGAGAAGGGGGGUGCGGUGUUUCCUGACCCCACACACCGAGGUGCCCGAUGACAACUGUGAGCUGUCAGACAAGCCGGAUGUCAAUGAGCCCUGCAAGAAGGCAGCAUGCUUCAUUCCUCCAGUCUCCCCCUGUGCCGACAACAUCUCCGCCGACUGCCAGGAGUACGACAGAAGGGUGUGUUCCAGGUACAGAGAGUGGGCCCAGCAUCACUGCCCCUUGUUCUGCUCCCUGUGUUCCCAGACUGACAACGUGGGGAGACGUCAUCGGGAGGGGGGUCAGGAAGGUGCUGCAAAGGAACAGAGGACAGAUCUGGGGGGUGGCAAAGCAGGGGGCCAGGAAGACGGUGGGAAGGGCGGGGCAGAGGGGGGCAGGUCAGGUGGACAAAUAGGAAGGCAGGAAGAUGAGGAGGAGAGGAACACAUCGGAAGAGACGGGGGGUGAGGAUGGGGGCCAGAUAGAGCAACAAGAAGAUGUAACAGGUGGGCAGGGAGCACGGCAGGGGGAGGAUCAAGAUGUCACAGACCAGAGGAGUCAAGUGGGAGAUGGGGAGGGCACAGGAGAUGAGGAUGGGGAGGACAGGAAAGGAGUGGUGGGUGGGCAUGAGCGUGCUGCUGAAACUGUUUCCUACAGUUCUCACCCAGAUGUCAGGCGUGGGUAUGACACCACAGAUCUUGUCAUAAGUGAUGACGUCACACAAGGAGAGAAUGAUGUCACACAAGGAAAGGAUGGCGCCACACAAGGACAGGAUGAUGUCACACAGGGAGAGUUUGAUGUCACACACGGAGAGGAUGGCGCCACACAAGGACAGGAUGAUGUCACACAAGGAAAGGAUGGCGCCACACAAGGACAGGAUGAUGUCACACAGGGAGAGUUUGAUGUCACACACGGAGAGGAGGUUACACAAGCAAAGGAUGACGUGAAACAAGGAGAGGAUGACGUCACACAAGGAACUGAGUAUGGCGUCACACAAGGAGGAGCGAAUGACUUUACAGAAGGAGAGGAUGACGUCACACAAGGAGAGGAUGACGUCACACGAGGUGGGAAUGGUAUCACACAACUAGGAGCGGGUGACGAGGAUAUUAGCGAAGAUUCUGAUGAUAAAGGACGAAUGUUGAAGGACCAAGAUUGUGUCGAUGUUUUGAAUAGCUGCCGACAGUACAGUCAGAGAGACUGCAGGCAGUUUCCGGACUGGGCCAAACAGAACUGCCAGAGGCACUGUAACUACUGCGAUGACGACUACGUAACAACAACGUCAUCCACAACCAGUGAGGAUUUGGACUGCAGCGACGUGAACACGCAGUGUGUGGAGUAUCCAGACAGUGUGUGUGAGGAGUACGAAUCUUGGGCAAGAACCAACUGUAAACGUCGGUGUCACUUCUGUCAACAGGACCUAGGGCAGGUGGCGGCCACUGUGACUCCGCCUUGCGUGGACGCGUCCAUUGAAUGUAUCGACUAUCACCAGUCCGUGUGUGCCCUGUACAAAGACUGGGCAGAGAUCAACUGCCGGAAGUUCUGUCACGUCUGUACAUAGAACCAACGACUCCCAACUGAUGGAGCAGACACGCGAACAACUGCACAGAUGCUGCUGCUUCCCGGGCGGACGUCUGUGAGGCCAUAUUUUGACCAAUCCAAUUUAAAUCAGAUCUUUUACUCGGAUGAGAUAUGUCUCUCCCUGACAAUGUGACAUUCCUUCCAAUCACCUCAUCAGCAUCGGGGCUUCUAAAGUCUCGUACAUGAACGAAAAGGGCAGUUCCGAAUUGAAUGUAAUAAAGAUGGCGGUAUAUACUCUGUUGUGAAUACUUUAUACCCUCCUGUUACUGGGCGCCAUUGCACCUAACCCAAACCCGGUGUACUAUGGAGGGGACACUAUGUCCCGUCUGGCUUCUCUGUUAAAGAUCGAAAUUUCCGAAUCCAGGUGGUGAAGCAAUGGAAGGGAAUCGUUUUAGAACACUGGCAUGUGAUUGGCUCAAAAACCCACCAAUACUUUAUUUAAAAUGGG